ACAUUUGACAUUUGACGUUCAUGUCUUGAAAUGUGAAUUUUGGAAGGAAUUUUGUUGUUUAGUUUUAGUUGUAAUUGUGAAUUUGUGAAUUUGAUUUAGGUCGCUGAAAUGUGGUAGUGUUAUUAUUGGUAAACUAUUAAUUGCUGGAAGUUUUAUCAUAAUGGCGCCUUCAGAAGCCACUGAAACAAAGUGUAUAAUCACAAGCUUGUUAACGUCCAAUCCUUUACGUUGUUCUAUUGCACAGUUAUGUGACGAUUUUCGAAAUAUUGUAGGCUACCCGAUUCCUAUUGAUAAACUGGGUUUCAAGUCAGUUGAGGCAUAUUUGAAAUCAAUUCCAGACACAGUUAAAGUUUAUGGCACAGGUCCGGAUGCAGAAGUCCAAGGUAUUAUUAAAGAAAAAUCGGCGCAUAUUAAUCUAAUGGUAGCUAAGCAAAAGACAACCAGCAUUCCGCCCCAUAAACGUUCUAGGAUGAAAUUUAUUCCUUCGGGGUAUCAGAAAAACUACAACGCUCCACGUAGACCUACAAGAUUUAACACAAAUAAGUGCAACGAAUUUUUCCGAUUUCCAAUUGACCCAGUUGUAGCAGCACAAGAAGAAGAAAUAAUUUCACCUUCAAGUGAUGAACCUUGCCUUAAUAACGAGCCUCAAAUACAAGACUGUGAUUAUCGUGAGAAACCUCACGAAGAUAAGGUGUUUGUUUGUGAUAGAGAAGCGAUUUCUCAAAUUGAACCGAAAAAAGAUGAAAAGGUUUCUUCAAGUGAUACGAGCAGUUUGUUGUCACCAGUUGAGACAAAAACUGAUCAUUCGGCGCCUUUUGCUUUAAAUGAGAGCAACGAAGUUUCGCCUUCAAACUCAAAUGUUCCUACAAAAGUUGAAAAUAACUUAAAACAGUUAAUUCUCCAAUUUCCGAACGGUCUCUGGUGCACGAAAUUACCGUCAGAAUAUCGGCAAAUGUUUAACAAGAAAUUGAAUUAUGAAUACUACGGUUAUAAGUCUCUGAUUCAAAUGUGCGCAGAUUUGCCUCAUAUUUUCCACUUUAUUCGGCCAGGAAUGGACGAUUUUCUUCUGUUUGAUAUAAGCCGGCCUCUGCCAACUUUAACUAAGAGUGAAACGGUUAAAAAUGAGUUGGAAGUUGAAGAUGUCGCCACGACGCACAUUUUGGACGAACUUGCGUUGGACUGGACAGCUGGCUCACCGUGGAUACCUCCCGAUGUUAUGCGUUUAUCUGAUGAAAUUCCUCGGUUUUUCCCGCCUAAUGUCGCCAUUAAGGAUAUACUUGACGUCACUGUUGAGGAAAUUUACGAUCUUUCCAAAUUUUGGGUGACUUUGACUUACGGCGAUUUGAAAGACUUGAUGGACGAUUUGCAGACUUUUUUCGACGAAAAUCAUAGUAAAUACCUUAUUCCUGAGAAACUGUUAGCAGGCGGCUUAUUUUGUGUAGCUCUGUAUGGAAAAACAUAUCAUCGUUGCGUCAUUGUUGAUAUGUUACCGAGAACACCGGGUUUUAUUAGGGUAUUUUUUGUUGAUUAUGGUACAGUGGAGAAUGUCCCCAGUAAGGAAAUUUGGUUUUUGCCGAAACAAUUUAGUGAAGUGCCUUGUCAAGCGAUCCGAGUGCGCUUAGCUAGCAUUUAUCCCCCUUAUGAAAACAGCACGUGGAGCGAACAAGCCAUAGUUGCCUUCCAAAAACUUGUAACCAAUAGAGUUGUAGUUGGAGAAGUCACUAAAAUUGACGAGAAGCAAUUUGUCUUCGAACUUUAUAUGGCUGAUAUUACUAAUGAAAAGAAUAUUUUUUAUAUUAACGAUCGUUUAGUUAACGAAGGACAUGCAAUCUACACGGAUCAGGAGAGGAAAAGGUCUUACAUCGACUACGAUUGUACGCCAAACGUCCAGUAUCUGCACCUAUUUCCGGAAUUCUUUGAAAUCGAGUCGGGUUUAGCUCCAACAAACGAAGAAAUGAAGUAUAUUAUCGCCAACAAGCUACCUCUCCAUCACUACAUGCCUCAGUACUUCAAUAUUUAUUAUUUCGAGGACGUGGAGCAGAUCCAAACCCAGCACGAAAAAUUCAACAAGAAGAAAUUAAAAGAUCAUUUAGUGUACUCCGAAGAAGAAGAUUUCGACUUUUCAUUUUUCCCUGAUAGUUUGCAAAGUGAAAUUAAGGACCUUCUUGAGCAGGACAUUAAAACAAAAUUGUGUGGUGAUCAAAUCAAAACUGACAAACUGUCUAAACUUGGUGCAGAUGGUGAGAUGGAGACAGAUUCAUCUUUUAGACAGUAUUCUUGUAACAAAAAACGUAUUUCAGACCUAAUACAUGGCACCUCAACCAAGACUGAAAAUGAUUCAAUGUGCUAUCGUGCUAGGUCUGUUUCGUCUUUGGAUUUAAAUUCAUUAAGUGAUGUGUCGUGUAGUUCGGAAUCGUCGCCGGAUAUUUUCCCGCUAAAUAAUAGCUUCAAGCAGCUGAAUUUAAAUAACAGUGAUUUGUCGGUUCUAAGUCAUGGCAGUGUAUCACAUAAAUCCACUAAUCCGUUUCUCAAUGGUGACUUGUCGGUAGAUAAAAAUCCGUUUCGGCUUUAUAAUCCGUUUACGAGUGACGAAGACCAAACAUCCAGCAGUAGUAACGUAUUUAGUAAAACACCGGAAGAAAAGUUACCAGAUCAAAUCGUGAAUAACUUGAACGACAAUAAUUUAAACGAAAGUGCGUGCGGGUGUAAGCUUAAACAAGUCAAUCUCGAUAAAUCAAAUUUGAACUCGAAUAAAACUCUCUCAAAUCCGUUCAAAGCCUUUGAGAAGAACGAAAAACAACAACCAACGAAUGCACAAGUACGAGUGCGGACACCUCCAGGAUUUGCUUCGCAAAACGGGAUGAUUCCAAAUACAAGUUUCAUGAACUUUGUUCCUAAUAAUUUUUUAAACAAUCCGUAUUAUCAAAGGUUUGCGUAUUCCCAAUACAAUCAGAUUUAUGCGCAAAAUCAGCUUAUGACCCAAUCAGUGGCCAGGUUUUAUGGCCCAGGUCAGUACCCUAACCAGUUUAAUUUCAAUGCAAAUGCUUGGAAUCAGACUUUUAACGCUAAUGCUUGGAACCAAAGUUUCAACGCAAAUGCGUGGAAUCAGAUGCGACCGCCGAAUUUCAACAAUUUUAGGCCAUAGGCAGGUUGCUUUAGAAGUAUCGCGUUAUUUGAGUUUUACAUUGUUUUUUAAGUUUUAAAGUAAUUCCUCAGAAUUUGUUGUUUCAAUUACUUAUUAGAAAUAAAUUUUUAUAACAUAUGUAUUUUUAUAAUCGUGAAUAAACCGUUUCGUUUA